AUGCUUAUAACAACAAGUGAUGCAUUAAAAUGCUUUGUUGGACGACAAUAUUUCGGCGCAUUGGGUAAUGGCGGAUCAUUCGCCGAAGUUUUAUGCCCUGCGACAUCAAACUUUUGCGUUAAAAGACAUUUUGCAAUUCAAUAUAAUGAAGAUGUCAUUGAGAAAACUUGCGAUCCGAAUUCACAAUGUUAUAAAGUUGGUAAUGGUUGUUUCUAUGAUGCAAAUAACGCGGCGGAAUAUUGUUGCUGUAAUUCAGAUAGUUGCAAUGGCGCAACUGUCACAGCAACUACUUUCUCUCUUCUAAUUAUUACUGCUAUUUGCUUUAUUAGAUAUUGGAAAUUACAAUUGUAA